AUGACGGAGGCCAACGCUUCCAACGUCAGCGUCCAGUCCAUCAAGGCCGGGACCUUCGCAGUUGGCGGAGCUCUUUGCAUCAGACAACAACAGGCGGUCACCAGGGCGCAGAACUACUUAUGGCGUUUGGGAAGCGAUGAUGAUCCAACGGAUCCUACGGGCUGCUUCCUACAACAUGCUGGGAAAUAUGCCAUAGUGGUCUAUGUCCAGAGUAUCGCGAGUUUCAAUGCUGGCCUAGACGAUGGAACUCUUUCUGGAGGGGUCUAUUUCACAGUGAUCACGGGGCUCUCGAACACAUUCGCCAGUUCACCCCAUCUGAACAGCCCUCUCACAGAGAGUGGAGUAACAUUGGCCUUUACACCACGAAGAGAUGGCUUUGGCUGGGCCAUGAUUUUGACGGAAACAGAUGCACGCAGCGCCAACAAGGAGAUCGUGUACAAUUUGACGGGCGCCUUGGGUGGGCCGUUCUGCAAACAUGGGCCACGGCAGCUGUUCGCCAACCGAGAAGAAGCUUGGGUCUUUUCCGGCUGCUUGCUCACGGUCGGGAGCCGAUACACCGUGCUUGCCUACAUCUCUGGAAUCGGAGCUCAUUUGGAUGGAAUUGUGGAGACAGCCUCGGACGCGGCCACGGAGGCGUCGAACGCCUUCUCGACGUAUCCCACGAUCUCCGGUGCACCCAGCGGCGACGGCAUCACGGUGCAGCUGCGAACGAGGUCUGCAGGCUACCUCUGGCUGAUCAUCACCGUGGGACCUGUUGCCCUGACCAUUGAUCUCAUCAAGGCCCACCUUUCCACGACGCUGGACAAGGAGCAGUUGGAAGCACUAGUUGCAGGUUGCUACAACAAUUUGUCGCAGUCUUUCCGACUUUCUGGCUGUAAGCUGAACAGUGGCCCAGAGUAUGCCCUCCAUGCCUACAUCGAGGGCAGUAACACAGUCCAAAACGAUGGGAGCUUCGCCGGCACGGUCACGUUUCAAGUGACUCCAUCGAACAUCUUUGUCGUCUACCCCUCCAUCGUAACGGAGAUCACUGGUCUUGGUUUCAGCUUUCAGAUGACUUCUUCCUUCACUGGACGCUUUUGGUGCAUGGUAAAUGAGGGCAAUUCUCCGCAAACCGUCGAGGCUGUGAAGCUGGGCACAGGUGCCCUGGGAAGCAAUGAGUGCAAGCGCACCUCCGAACUCCUCAGUGGCAGCCUUCAGGAGAUUUUGAUGACCAACUGCCAGCUGAGCCAAGAUCGGCUUUACAGCCUCUCCGUUUAUAUCGAGGACUUCAAUGGCAACAACGAUGGCAUCAUGGCUGGACCUUUGACUUUCUACGUUCAGGACAGCAACGACUUCGAGGAUUCGCCGCAAGUUGUACCGACUCCAGAGCCCGCAGGAUUUCAACUGAGUUUGGUGGCAGCUCGGGAAGGUUACGCAUGGGGUGCUGCCUUCACAGACUAUUUGGAGGCACAAACCUAUUACCAGAAUGCGCCGAGCUUCCUUGAUAGGUUCUACCCAAGCAACAACGAAUCCUGUGCACCAGCCGGCAUUCUGGUCUUUGCAGACAACAUGACCAAUAUCACCUUCAACGACUGUGGCUUCAACUAUAGUACUAGCUAUUGGGCCCUGAUCUACAUCGAAGGCUUGGAAAAGACCCGCUCGGGUGCAAUCUCAGCCCCUGUGGAGGUGAAAGUGCCUGCUUCGAACACCUAUGAUUUGGAGCCUCGGAUUCUGACCGCACGGCCUUUCUAUGCCGACUUUGAAAUGUCUACCGUCAAAGGAGGUUUCCUGUGGAUCAUCAUCGUCCACAAGAACCACACCUCGGAAGUCAACGAGCUCGCCGUAAAGACGGGCCUUCUUCCAACGGGCACCGUGAAUUGCAAACUGCUGGAUGUUGAGGUCAACCAAUCCGUGCAGACCUACACCGUUGAGAACUGCCUGUUGAUGGCCACAUACGAGUACUAUGCCUACUUCUACGCUGAAGGUCCGUUUCGGGCUGAAGAGCCAGAUGGUAUCCUUUCAGGUCCCUUGUUGGUUUGGUACAACGCCUCCAACACUUUCAUACAGCAGCCGCGAAUACAAGCGACGAUGACGACAAAUGUCUUCUACUUUAGCUUCAUUCCAGAGAAGGACGGAAACUUUUGGGCUGUUGUAGCAGAUUCAACGACGGAAGGCCUGCUCACUAUCUGGAACAUUAAAACGAUGCUAUAUGGCCAACCAGCUGCAGAUUGUAAGCGCGAACGCAAAUAUGUCACAGGUGGAUUGCUGAAUACUGAGGAGUUUCUCUUUUGUUAUUUUGAGCGUGGUCCACAGACCUACCGGGCUUUUGUUUACCUGGAGGAUACGAACGAGGCUCAUGAUGGAAUCAUGGCAGAUAUGGGGAUCAUCGUUCCAGGCGCUGCAGAGGUGACCAAUGAGUUCUCCAUCCGACCGUAUUUGGUGGAGCAGGAAACCAUCCGUGGCAUCAAAUUCACCAUCCGACCUGCCAAGACAGGAUAUGCUUGGGCUGGGUUGAUUGCUGAGUCUUCCUGGAGUUCUCGCACUCCAGUGAACAAUUCAAACGGGAACCAUGCCGACUCCUUCAGUAUUGAGAUCUUUGAUAUUAUGUUCUUCGUGGACAUGGUGGGUGAUGAGCUCUACUGCUAUCAGCAGGCAAUCCCAAUCACUGCUGGCCAAGACUACACUUGGGAAUUUACCAACUGCGGCCUGACGCCCGGAACUCGUUAUCGACUCUUUGUCUACGUGAUCGGCGCGGACUAUUGGGAUGUUGCAGUGGAUCCUGAUGCUUUGACUCGCUCACCUUUCUGGAACAUCUAUCACCGCGACAAUGGGCGGGUCAGCAAUGGUGUCUCUGUCGCGCCACAAUACUCCAAUGAGUGGGCAUGGCCUGAUGGUCAUCCAUACAUUUCACAAGGGCCUCAUGGAAUGGGAAUGGAUGUGACGUUUGCGACGGCCAAGCCUCAAGGUUUGGUUUGGGCAGUCAUUCAGGAUGCAGCUGACACGAACUUCACUAUGCAAGCGGUGAAGGCAGCUGAUAAGGCUUGGGGUCCGCUUGGUUGCCGUCAGAUGGGUGUGGCAGCUCCCUAUGCAGCCACCUACACACUGACCUUGUCCAGCUGCAGUUUACUUCCGACGCCGAAAUUGUAUGUGUUGAUCAUGUACACAGAGGACCAAGCAGCACAAAACGAUGGGAAACUUUCGGACCCCAUCUACUUCCAGGUCGAAGUGUCAAAUGGCUUCAUCAUCGAGCCUUCCUUAGUCGGUGAACCAGGUCUGGACACUGGAGUCAGCGUGUCUUUUGAGGCGAGAAUUCCUGGAAAGGUUUGGAUGUAUGUGGCCACCAAAGCAUCGGCCGAUGCCACCACUGUGACCAUACCGAACGUGAAGGAUGCUGUGAAUGUCUUUGACCGCACCAACUGUUUGGUGGAUGGACUUUCAGUUCCUGCUGCUUUACAGGUCAUCUCGAUGCCGUGCCCUGUGGUCUACUUGUCUUCCUAUGUGAUCUACAUCUACAUCGAGGACCACGUAGCGCAUUUCGAUGGGACUCUGUCGACUCCGUUGGAGAUUACCGUGGGAGCCUCCAACAGCUUUGCAGUGGAGCCUGCCUUGCUGUCGGUGCCGACCACGGAUCGCAUUGAUGUGCGCUUUACACCGACGAUCCUCAGCUUCGAUUGCUUAGCCUUUGUGUCUUCAGUGGAGGAAGGCUUUGGGGAUCAAAUGAAACUGGGCCGUGCAUGGGUGGUGGUCACACCAUCUGCAUCAUUGGUGGAGCCUCCUUCGAGGGCGCGCAUGGUGACGAACGUGGGCGCCGUUGGGGCGCUCUCCUGUCGCGUCAGCGGUGCCGAGAUCCAAGCGACACAGCAGAGCUACGCCUUGAGCGGAUGUCAAUUGGAUCCAGGCCAAAUCUAUGCCUUGUACGUCUAUGUGGAAGACCACCGUUUCAACACGGACGGCACUCUGUCCCGGACAGUGUUUGUCAAGGUGAUCAGAUCCAACAAUUUCGCUAUCAGCCCUGUUUUGGUCACGCUGCCAACUCUGGAUGGCUUUGAUGUGCGAUUUCAGGCGACUGUUCCAGGGCGUGCUUGGGCAAUGGCGGUGGAUGCGAUCGGUGGCUCAGGUGUGACGUCUUUGUCAAUACGAAGCUUGCAAGGGGCACUUGGUGGUCCGGAGUGCUACUUCCAAGAUGUUCCCAUUGAUGACAGUGUGCAAAUCUGGAAUUUCACGGACUGCAACUUCCAGGAUAUGAAGACUUACAUGAUGUUCGUCUAUGUCGAAGCUUGGCCGUCUGUGGAGGGCGAUGGAAUGCUCUCAGGUCCAAUGAUUGCCUCCUUCUUCGAUGCAUCAAACAUCUCUGCAGAUCAAAGCUCAAGUGAUUUGAGCCCUGUACUCAUUGUGGAGGACAUCCCGAUUGUCUCAAACUGGUUCAGAGAAGAUCCUCGCCAAACUGGCCCGGCCUCUCCGAAUGGUGCCACGUUGACGCUGCGCGCAGCACACACGCAAGGAUUGCUCUUCAUGCUUCUGACGCGAUACCGACCGCAGGUCAGCAGUGAGGUUGUGUACAAUGGCUGGAAUGCAGUGGGUGGUCCGGGAUGCCAGAAGCAAGGCGUGUCCAUUGACGAUCAGGUAACGACUGUACAACUUUCAGAAUGCGGCCUGCUGCGUGGGCGGUAUUACUACGCUUUUGCUUAUGUGACUGGUCCAGAGGGCGGCCUCAACGGUACCUUGAGCCCAGCCGUGGAGAUCUUUGUUCCUACAGCAUCCAACAACUUUGCGAUGGAGCCAAGACUGCUGGCCACGCCACGCAUUUCGGGCGUCCAAUUUUCCUUUGCAGCCACACAGGAAUUUGGUUUGGCCUGGGUGAUGAUGAUCGAAGCCUGGAAAGCACAUGAGCUGACCAUUGCAGGGGUGAAGAGCUUCACCAACGCGGUUGGCAACAGCAAUUGCCGGCGGGCCUCGCUUGCCAUUGGCACAGCAACUCAGGAGGUGGUCCUCGCAGAGUCCUCACCCAAUGCAGGCGAUGGCUGCAACUUGUUGUCCGACGGCAUGUACGUCGUGGCAGUUUACGUGGAAGACACCAGUGGUCUCGAUGACGGAGCGUUGGGUCGGCUUCCGGUCCAUGUGAGUCCUCAGAAGGCUGUAUCGAAUCUCUUGGGCGCAGGGCCUAUGAUGGCUGCAAACCCCACCAGCAGCGACGUACAGCUGAAAUUUGUGGCGACGAAUCCUGGGAGGUAUUGGGCAUUCAUAUUGCCGAAUGACAAGAUCAACGUGUUUACCGUCGAGACAGCGAAAUUUAUGGACUUGAACCCUGACACUGUUGGACAGACAGGCUGUCGCAAGAAUGAUGUCAGCAUGGGAACUGGAGAGACCAUUGUGGAAUUGACGAAUUGCGACCUGGUUCUCUCGGGUGCAGGCAUCACCUUCUACUCUGCCUUUGUUUACGUGGAAGAUGAUUCUGGAGGUAUUGGUGACCUCUCACCACCUGUUGCUGUGCUUGACAUCAGCAACACCUUUCUCUGGCCGUUCCCACGUAUUGCUGCGUUCGACACCAAUGGAUCUCUCUUUGUGGAGGUUUUCCCAAGAAAUUCCGGUCGCAUUUGGGCCAGAAUAGUCUUGGCGUCUCUUUACCCAACGGUGGAACGCUGGGCUGGAGAUUUGAACCUGAAUGUCUUAAAGACGUGGCAGACAUAUCCAAACAAUGGACCGUCCUAUGACAGUGCCAACUGCAGCUUUGACGCUGUAGAUUUCACGGUGGAGCUCAAUCCAUUCGGCGCCCAGGCAGCAACAUGGCUGAACUUCAGCAAUUGCACCUUUGACCCGCGAACGGAUUAUCUGAUCGGCAUCUACGUGGAGGACUCUGGCGAUAACAAUGAUGGAGCGCUCGCCAGCAUCCGUGUGCUGAAACUUGCAGAUGCCAGCAACUACUUCCUCAUCUCGCCUAGACUGCUGGGCACUGCUUAUGCAGACAACUUCACCAUGGAAUAUCGGACUGCCAAUGCAGGCUUUGCUUGGUGCGCCAUCGUCCUGCCAGAGAUGGUGGAAAGCGUUCCUGGCGCUUCAGUGAUGAGUGGAAAUGUCAGCCUAGGUGGGCCAAACUGCUGUCAAAGUUCAACUCCGAUCACAACUUUGGCCAAUGUUUUGCAGCAGUGGACCUUGACCAACUGUGCGCUGUCCAUGGAUACCGAGUAUGUCUUUCUAAUGUAUAGCAGUUCUGGAGGUUUGGACGGCACUCUAAGUUCUGGCUACACCUUCAAGACUUUUGGGACUUUGGGUCAUAUUCGAGUAACCUGGCUACAGAAGGAAACCGACGUCGGUGGAUCUGUUGAUCGCUAUCGUAUCUUCUUGAACGGCACGCAGGUUUACGACGAUUUCUCUCUCCGUGGUUCUUUGGAACAAACACGUGCCGGAUCUCCACCGCAAUGGGUUCGAGUAGUGGACGUGGCCUGCACUCCAGGCCUCAACUACCAGGUGACCCUUGCAGGUCGAAAUUUUGCUGGUUGGUCAACGUUGAGCACGCCGUUGACGACCGGCUGCUUCCUCAGACCAGGCAGCAUCUCCAAUCUUAGAGAGGUGGCAUCGUACCAGCUCACCGAAGAUCGAGCUGCGCUAGCUUUGGCGUGGAACGCACCUGCAAACUCCGUGGGCGCUGACACGGUGCAAAGGGCAUAUUACAACGUCUACCGAGAUCAAGGUUUGCGACAAGCUCUGUUCCGGCUGAUUGGAACGACCCAGACGCCAUUUUUUAACGACACCGACUUGGACGCUGGCAGAGCCUAUGGCUACCAGGUUGCAGCAGUGAAUGCCUUUGGGGAAGGACCUGUCAGUGAUGUGCUUUUUCUACAAGCGGCGGACAGUUCUGCAAUUCCUCAGACGGAGCUUUCCAGGCUGUCAGGACUUCUGAGCCAAGCGGAUGUCCAACUGGUCCCAGCUGCCGCCUUUGGAGUGCUGGAUGAGGUAGGUGGCGUUGUGCAGAUCUAUAGCAAUGAUCUGGCCCGCGAGCUUCGUGUGCAAGGCUACAGCAGCCAACGGCGAGCGCAUGUGGCAGCCUUUGGCCCUGUGAAUCUUACCUUGGAGGCACUGGAUCUUGCUGGUAACACUGGAGAGGAAGAGCCAUGUGAAGAGGCGCGCUUGGCAAUUUCUGUUGGAGACGUGUUUGAUGAGUUUUGUGCUGGCGACGAACUGCCACAGAACUCUGUUUUCCACACGCUGCCGUAUGGAAACUUCGCGGUCAUAAGCUGGCGCACGGGCUCCCUCUCCACAAGUGCUUCGUCCAAUGGUUGGACAAUCAGUCUGAGACCUUGACCUGCCGACCUGCCGACCUGCCGACCUGCCGACCUGCCAAAGAAUGCAGGCGACUUGGUCACUUUGGUCGUUUUGGUCACUUUGUUCAUUGAAAAUCAUUGAAAUGGUU